CCUUUCCAAGAUGGCCGCUCGCUCCUCACCGGGCGCUUCCGGCCCCGCUGAGGCCUGCGGCUCCCGGCGCGGCGGCCUGCCGGCGCGGCCCUCCUCUCCGCGGCCCUCGGGUGCUCGCUAGCACCUGCUGCCUUUUCUCGGAGGUCUCCAGGUAGAACGAAACGGCGGGCGGGUCAUGGCGCUGCUGCUGCUGCUGCUUCGGGGCCGGUGCAGCUGCUGGCGGCGGCCUGCCCUGUUGCCCGCAGCGGCCUGGGCCCGGGCUCGCCCACGGCCCGGGGGUGGGCGCCUCGGCGGGGGACGCGGCCUGCAGACCCUUCUGUCACAAACACAUUCCCCCACACAUCAAGGUGUUGGUGGAGUGCUGGUGAAACAACACAUAAUUCGAGAUCCAGCCAGGCUUUGGAAUCUGUUAGGUAGCACUUACUAUUUUACUACUUCAAGCUCUCAGAGGAGUAACCAGAAGAAUGGAGGGUUCAAAAAGAAAUCUCCACAGGAGGAUGAGGAGGAAGAGAAACGCAGAAGGGAGAAUCAGAUGCACCUGGAACGCUUACGGGCGCUGCUCAUCAUAACUUUCAUAGUGCUGAUGUUUCGCUUCAUGGCUGGGGAGAACAGAGAAGGGACCAACAUUUCCUGGAACUACUUUGUGAACGAGAUGCUGGCAAAGGGGGAGGUUCAGAGAAUCGAGGUGGUGCCAGAGAGUGAUAUUGUGGAAAUCUAUCUGCACCCGGGAGGAAGUCCUCAUGGACAAGUUAAUGUCACCCUGCUGUACACAAUGAGGGUGGCAAACAUUGACAAGUUUGAAGAGAAGCUGAGAGCUGCGGAGGACGAGCUGAAUAUUGAUGAGAGAGAGAGAAUCCCUGUUUCCUACAAGCAUCCUGGCUUUUAUGGAAAUGAUGUCAUCUCGCUGAUAGUGACCCUUAUGGCCGUGUCCAUGUUGUGGAGCAUCUUCCGCCUCAUUAGAGUUGCAGGCCGGGCAGGAGGAUUCAAUGCCUUUAACCAGCUGAAAAUGGCUCGUUUCACCAUCGUGGAUGGGAAAUCUGGAAAAGGGAUUGGCUUCAAGGAUGUAGCAGGAAUGCACGAGGCAAAAAUGGAAGUCAAAGAAUUUGUGGACUAUUUAAAGAACCCUGAACGCUACCUUCAGCUUGGGGCCAAAGUGCCCAAGGGUGCCUUGCUGCUCGGACCACCAGGCUGUGGAAAGACAUUGCUGGCGAAGGCUGUGGCUACGGAAGCCCAAGUGCCCUUUUUGGCCAUGGCAGGCUCGGAGUUUGUGGAGGUGAUAGGAGGCCUUGGGGCCGCUCGUGUCCGGAGCCUCUUCAGGGAGGCGCAGGCUCGCGCGCCCUGCAUCGUCUACAUCGACGAGAUCGAUGCCGUGGGCAAGAAGCGCUCAACCAACGUCUCUGGCUUUGCCAACGCUGAGGAGGAGCAGACCCUGAACCAGCUGCUGGUGGAGAUGGACGGAAUGGGGACCACAGAUCAUGUCAUUGUGCUGGCUUCCACCAACCGCGCCGAUGUCUUGGACAGCGCUUUGAUGAGACCUGGGAGGCUUGACAGGCACAUCUUUAUUGAUCUUCCAACACUCCAGGAGAGAAGAGAGAUCUUUGAGCAGCACCUGAAGGGUCUCAAACUGAUCCAAGAUGCCAGCUUCUACUCGCAGCGCCUGGCGGAACUGACACCAGGCUUCAGUGGAGCUGACAUCGCAAAUAUCUGUAAUGAAGCUGCUCUUCAUGCUGCCAGAGAAGGUCACAAAUCCAUUGAUACUUCCAACUUUGAGUAUGCUGUGGAAAGAGUCAUUGCAGGCACUGCCAAAAGAAGCAAGAUCCUCUCGCCAGAAGAGAGGAAGGUUGUGGCGUUCCAUGAGUCGGGUCACGCGUUGGUUGGCUGGCUGCUGGAGCACACCGAGGCGGUGAUGAAGGUUUCCAUAGCCCCUCGGACAAACGCAGCUCUCGGGUUUGCUCAGAUCCUUCCAAGAGAGCAGUAUCUCUUCACCAAGGAACAGCUGCUGGAGAGGAUGUGCAUGGCGCUGGGAGGGAGGGUGGCUGAGGCCAUCACCUUCAAUAAGGUCACUACAGGGGCACAGGAUGACCUGAAGAAGGUGACCCAGAUAGCCUACUCCAUGGUGAAGCAGUAUGGGAUGGUCCCCAACAUCGGCCAGCUUUCCUUCCCAGACCGGGAAAGUACACCUGGAAUUGGUCGGCGUCCUUUCAGCCAGGGACUUCAACAGAUGAUGGACCACGAAGCAAAAGUCCUGGUGGCUCAGGCUUACAGGCGCACGGAAAAACUCCUACUGGAGAACAGGGAGAAACUGCAAGCACUGUCCAGUGCCCUCCUGGAGAAAGAAGUGAUAAAUUAUGAUGACAUUGAAGCUUUGAUUGGGCCUCCACCCUAUGGGCCAAAGAAAAUGAUAGCUCCUCAAAGCUGGCUUCAAGCAGAGAGAGACAAGCAAGACACCAGAGAUGAAGAAAUGCCCCAGCAACCACCAAACCAUGAGGAGGAGGAAGAGCCACGCCUGAGACCAGUAUGAAGCCCACUCCUGAUGUUGAACAGGAGGACUCUGGAGGCUUCUUUUGGACACAGACAGACCUUCUCCCUUUUCAGCUCCAGAUUCAAGGAAAAAUGAGCAGGGAAAAUCUGUGCUGCUGCUAGCCAAAAAUGAAGGGAUGGCUGUGCUGGCCUUGCUAACAAGCUUUUCCCUGCAGGAAGGAGAACUCCUCAGGAUGCUGAAAUUGAUUCUCAGCAGGGUGGCGGUGAUUAGGAGCUGAGUAAGUCUAAUCCACUGGAAAGAUUCCUUGUACACAGAAGCGGUGUACAUGUUCUGAAGGGUAAAGGGUCCUGUGGAGUCCUUGUAAGCUGCCUUUCUACGCUGUGUGAUGUGCCAGGAGAGCAGGGCUGUCCCCAUCAGUGCUGUGAAAUCACUGUGAGGCUCCGAGGUGUUUAGUUCUUGUGCAACUCUGCUGUAACCUCUGAUGGUCUCUGCUGCUGAAUGUGAAACAGAAACUGAAAAGCAGACUUCACCAAAUAAACUCUCCAUAAUGUC